GUGCGAGUGUGUGUGUGUGUGAGAGAGAGAGAGAGAGAGAGGGAGAGAGAGACUGGGAUUGUCUGUAGUUGCUGUGUCCUUACAUAUGUAAGGUUGAAGGGAAUUAAAUAGAAAUUAAAAUCAGACGGAAAUCUCGGAUGGAUUUUGAGCGGCUGUGACUGAAGACAGCACCGGCGAUGACAAGGCUCUCUUGUAGCUGAUCAUCCCCAGAGGGUUUGACAUCCCUGGUUUAUGCCCCGCCCACCUCUCCUGCCCCUCCCCCACAACCCAACCGUCCUUCUCGAUUCUCCUACUGGUUUCCUCUGGACCACACCCGCUUUCUCCACCCCAAACUUCACCCUAACUGAGGAAUUCUAGACGAAGACUAUUUACUGAAUAAACAGAAGAGAGUACAUUUUUUAAAAAAUGGAUGAUUUGAAGAAAACGAGGGGACGCCAGCUUCUCGUGAGCGUCCAUAUUUAGAGGAGAAGAAAAAACCUUGUGGACCAAAGGAGGACAUUUUGUUUGGAGGAAAGGACUGCAGAAGGCCCUGGACGUUUGUUGAUGAAGAAUUUCUUUCUGUUUACAUAAAGAAUCGUCCUUCAAAGAGUACACAGCUUUACGCUUCACGGAAAGCUGUAAGGGUUUUACACACACACACACACACACACACACAGAGUCACGUGACCUGCUCUCACACUUCCCGGCCUCAGGAUGAUGUGCGAGGUGAUGCCCACUAUAUCGGAGGAUGGUCGCGGUGGAGGGGGAGGAGGGCCGUCCUCGCCUGCCGGGGGUGGGAGUGGCAUGGGAGGGGGCAUGGGGGGCAUCGGGGGCAGUUACGAAGGUGGCAGCACGGGCAACCUGGAGUCUCUGAUGGUGAACAUGCUGACGGAGAGAGAGCGGCUGCUGGAGAGUCUGAGAGAGACGCAGGAGAGUCUGGGGACGGCGCAGCUCCGCCUCCGGGAACUGGGACACGAGAAGGACUCGCUCCAGAGACAGCUGUCCAUCGCCCUCCCUCAGGAGUUUGCCGUGUUGACCAAAGAGCUGAAUGUGUGUCGAGAGCAGCUGCUGGAGAGAGAGGAGGAGAUCGCAGAGCUUAAAGCAGAGAGGAACAACACACGGUUGUUGUUGGAGCACUUGGAGUGUUUGGUGUCUCGUCAUGAGCGCUCUCUGAGGAUGACGGUGGUGAAGAGACAGGCUCAGUCUCCUGCUGGAGUCUCCAGUGAGGUCGAAGUGCUCAAAGCUCUCAAAUCUCUGUUCGAGCAUCACAAGGCUCUAGACGAGAAGGUGAGGGAGCGACUGCGUGUGGCUCUGGAGAGAGUCGCCGUCCUGGAGGAAGAGCUUGAGUCCUCAACCAACGAGGUUCUGACUCUGCGUGAUCAGAUUAAACGGCGUGAACGUGGGCAGGACAACGGUAAAGAGCGCCUACCGAACGGCCCAUCGUCCAUCUUGGAUGACGGAGAGAUCGACAGACAGAGAGAGGGAGAGAUCGAGCGCCAGAGGGCGGAGCUUUCACAGCUGAAAGAGCGACUGGCCCUCAUGUGCAGACAGGUUGGUGAGAUUGAGGAACAGCUCACUGCUGCCAGGAGGGAGGUGACCAAGACUGAGGAGGCCAAUCAGAAGCUUCAGCGGGAGAUUAAAGAGGCUCUGUGUCAGAGAGAGGAUAUGGAGGAGAGAAUUACGACUCUAGAACGCAGGUACCUGAGUGCCCAGCGGGAGGCCACGUCUCUCCACGACAUCAAAGACAAGCUGGAGAACGAACUGGCCAGUAAAGAGUCUCUCUACAGACAGAGUGAGGAGAAGAACAGACAGCUGCAGGAACGUCUGGAUGACGCAAAGCAGAAGCUCCAGCAGACGCUGCAGAGAGCCGAGACGCUGCCGGAGAUCGAGGCUCAACUCGCUCAGAGAGUGGCUGCUCUCAACAAGGCUGAGGAACGCCAUGGCAACUUCGAGGAGCGACUGCGACAGAUGGAGGCACAACUGGAGGAGAAGAACCAGGAGCUGCAGAGAGCAAGACAGAGGGAGAGGAUGAACGAUGAACACAAUAAGCGCCUCUCCGACACCGUGGACAAGCUGCUGUCCGAGUCGAAUGAGCGUCUGCAGCUCCACCUGAAGGAGCGCAUGGCUGCUCUCGAGGAAAAGAAUGCACUGUCUGAGGAGCUUGCCAAUAUGAAGAAGAUCCAAGACGAUCUACUGGCAAACAAGGAUCAGCUGAUUGCAGAAUUAGAAAGGCUGCAGCUGGAACUGGAUCAGUUGAGGGGCAGGUCUGGCUCCUCCUACUCUCGCUCUCUUCCCGGCAGUGCUCUGGAGCUCAGGUACUCCCAGGGAGGCGGUUCUCUACCUGCUGGCUCCACCACUCACCUGGAUCACUACGGCAGUACAGGCUCAGGGGGCGUGGUCAGACGGACCCACCGUGGACGCUGGGGCGGAGCCAGAGAAGAUGCCAGCAAGUACGGUGAAUGGGAGAGCGGCGCUUUGCUCGGGCCGGGUUUCGAAGGUGGAGUCGAGGGCGGCUGCUCCGAUGACGAGGAGGAUCGUGAAACGCUCUUCGGAUCUGAGCUGCUUUCUCCUAGUGGACAGACGGAUGUCCAGACAUUGGCCAUCAUGCUUCAGGAGCAGCUGGAGGCCAUCAACAAGGAGAUCAAGCUGAUUCAGGAGGAGAAGGAGAACACGGAGCUGAGAGCUGAAGAGAUCGAGAGCCGUGUGAGCAGCGUGGCUCUGGACGGACCCCCGGUUCCUCCGUCCUCUUUGGGAAGAGACGCCAGUGGCAGGACCUUCAUUACUCCGUCCCUCACCUCCUCCACCCUGGCGUCUCCCUCUCCGCCCAGCUCGGGUCACUCCACCCCACGCCUGCCCCACUCUCCGGCACGCGAGACCGAGAGACAGAACAACAAGGAAGACGAUAGGUCCCUGGCCCUGCUGGACUCCACCCCUCCACCCACCCCUCGUGCACUGCGAUUGGACAGAAUGAGCCACACCCACCCCGGAGCCAUGCUGGACGACAGCCGUGAGUUCCGCAGUCUCUCGGCAGACGGCAGCAGCUCUAACAGCAGUCAGGAUUCCCUCCACAAGGCCAGCAAAAAGAAAAGCAUCAAGUCUUCCAUUGGCCGCCUUUUUGGAAAGAAGGAGAAGGGACGCAUGGGACAGCCAGGACGAGAGUCCACCUCUUUGGCGUCCACUCCCUCUGACGAUCUGGGCACCGUUGACCCGCUCGGUCUCACCAAGAUGGCCGGACCUGUGGACAAGGACCGCCGCAGCAAGAAGAAACAUGAGCUGUUGGAGGAGGCGUGUCGUCAGGGGCUUCCCUUCGCCUCCUGGGACGGCCCCACCGUGGUGUCCUGGCUGGAGUUGUGGGUGGGUAUGCCGGCGUGGUACGUGGCAGCGUGUCGUGCUAACGUGAAGAGUGGAGCGAUCAUGGCUAAUCUUUCUGACACAGAGAUCCAGCGUGAGAUCGGCAUCAGUAACCCGCUGCACCGCCUCAAACUCCGCCUCGCCAUCCAGGAGAUGGUGUCACUCACCAGCCCGUCUGCCCCGGCCAGCACCCGCUCUUCGACCAGUAACGUGUGGAUGACCCAUGCUGAAAUGGAGUCUCUCACUGCAGCCACCAAACCAGAGCUGAAGGAGUUCAGCUGGGAUCAGAUUCUGGCUUAUGGUGAUAUGAACCAUGAGUGGGUGGGAAACGACUGGCUGCCCAGUCUGGGUCUGCCGCAGUACCGGAGCUACUUCAUGGAGUCUCUGGUGGACGCUCGCAUGCUGGACCACCUGACCAAGAAAGAGCUGCGUGGGCAACUCAAAAUGGUGGACAGCUUCCACAGGGUGAGCCUGCACUACGGCAUCAUGUGCCUGAAGCGGCUGAACUACGACCGCAAGGAGCUGGAGAGGAAGAGAGACGAGAGCCAACACCAGAAUAAAGAUGUGAUGGUUUGGUCAAACGAACGUGUGAUGUGCUGGGUUCAGUCUAUCGGUCUGAAGGAAUUCGCAGAUAACUUGGCUGAGAGCGGAGUGCAUGGAGCUCUACUCGCUCUGGACGACACCUUCGACUACACUGACCUGGCCCUGCUCCUGCAGAUCCCCAACCAGAACACACAGGCACGCCAACUCCUAGAGAAGGAGUACAACUCCCUGAUCGCCAUGGGAACCGAGAGGAGACCAGAUGAGGAUGGCACUAAGACCUUCACUCGCUCCCCAUCCUGGAGGAAGAUGUUCCGUGAGAAGGACCUGAGAGGAGUGACCUCAGACUCUUCAGAGACGCUGCCUGCUAACUUCCGCGCCUCGGCCAUCUCCACUCCAUCUGUCACCCUGCGGAAGGUUCAGAGUGAAGUGUCUCCGAGGGGCGAGUCGGCAUCAGUGAGAACAUACUCUUGCUGAAGUCCUCAAAAGGGGGCGCCGUGAGCACACGACUGCGUACGGAGAGAGGGGGGGGAAAAAAGCAAUGAUUAUAUACAUUUCGAAAACAUGGAAAAAAAAAAAAAAAAACACCCCACUGGUCUGAACCAUUCUGCAAUAACAGAAGAUGGAGCUGUGUGGAAAUGGAAGGAAGAUUUAAAAAAAAUAAAUAAAUAAAAAACAGAACUUAAGGACUAAAGACGUGACGAAUGUAUGACAGAUGAGGACACUCAGACUGGCGUGGGACUGGAGGACUCUUUAUCUUUCGCUCUGUCGUUCUCUCGUCCCUUUUUUCCGUCUGUGCCACGAUGUCGUCGGUUUAAUCAAAACUGCCGCUUUCGCCCUCCCUCCCUCCCACUCGCCUCCCCCCCGGGUCCUUUCAUUUGGACCAGCCCUGUGCACUGGUGCCCAUUUCGCCGGAUCGUACCAUCUCGGAAAAAAGGAGCCAUCUUAAUUUUUUAUUUAUUUUUUUGUCCAGGUUGUUUUUUUUAUCGUUUUCUUUUCUCACCCAGACAGGAUGGAAGGUAGCGCAGACAGAAGACAUCGUUAAAGAGGGGAGAGAGCGAGAGUAAGGGGUCAACCGUGACGGAAGGCGGCGUCUCCGCUACCCACCGUGCAAGGAACCUCAUGCUGAAAAGCAUUACGAGGGGAUUUCCCUCAAGGCGAGGCUUUUAUCUGCGGUGUGUAAAACAGCAGCUUUGGAUGUAGAUCCGUAAAUCGAUUAGGUGUCUUUUGAGUAAAAAUGUUAGACUUUAAGGCAAGAUAGAUGUCAGAGAGAGAGAGAGAGAGAGAGAGACAGAGAGAUUAAAGAUAGAAAGAGAAAAAGAGGACGUUUUAGAGAGGUAAGAAAUCCGCAGCGUCCUCUUUACCCCCGAUCACGCAAGCCAUAACAGAGGACGAAGAGCGAAGUGCAGAGGGAAAAAAAAAGAGAGAAAAGGAAACUAUAAACCAGAACUGAAUCAUUUCUUCUGUGUUGCGAUGCAUGUCGAACAUCGAACAACGACUCGAACCUUUGGGGAAUAAGACAAUGUGAAUUCAGAAUCUUAAGAUAAAUGUACAUUAUCAUACGACGACAUCGAGAGCCUGGGGAACAAUUUGUAAAAUGUGUGUAUUUUCAUUUUUAUUUUUUUGAUUUUGUAUGAUAACUAUAUUUAUUUUCUUUAUGUAUGUAUCGAACUGUAUGUACAUGUUCAUUUAUUACCUAAUUCUGACUGUAAGUUUGAUUUUAUCUAGUUCAAAGCGUAAAAUAUCUAAAAAGGGAAAAAAAAGAAAAAAAAAACGUAUGAAAAAACAUGGUCAUAUGAAAAUUAUGCUACUUGUAAUGUGUAAAAUUUUGAGGACGAACUCGUGUUACGAUCGGAAACGAAGCGGCGCCGAGGAUGACGGCGACUCGGACGGACGCCCCACCUGUCUAAUAAAAAGUCAUAAAGCCACUGACCAUCUAGAACGGAGGAAGUGAAAACGAAAAAUAAAGCGGUCCUGACCGGUACCUCAGGUCAUCUCGGUGUGUUUGUGAUCCGCUCAGAGGGACUCUAGAGCAUGUAUCGGGUUUCGUGUGUCGUGUGUGCGUACGUGAGUAUGUGUUCCGCUGUGUAAAUGACCGUUGUUGAUUCGCUGCAACCCUAAGACUGAGGACAUGUAUGUAUGUUUGCAAAAAAAAACGAACAAAAAACAAAGGUAUUUGUACAUGUGCAAAUAUAUUCAUUAAGAAGUCAUGCUGUGUCUUUGCAU